AUGUUUAUAUACCAAGCUCAACGAACAAUGUCAAGUGAUACUUUGGUAGGGGCCAACGGAAACAACAGUAAGGUUGAUUUGAACACGCCUACAAAUGGAGAUACCACGUUUAAUUUCCAAAUAAUACAGAAACCAGCAGCUGGAAGGUCAAUUGCUAAUGAUCUCACUGGGAACACAUUACAGGUUUCUAAACCGGAAACUCCGGCAUUUCAGGACUCGAGCUUGCUCGAGGAAAUGCUUAAUAACGGAACCACUCUCGGAGACGAACUGCGGCGACCCACUGAAUUAACAGAACACUCAAGACUGCCACAAAUGCAGGAAUAUAGACGCCUAUCGAUCUCCGAAUACAAUAGCACCAAGCCGGUCUACUAUGAGUACGAAUUCUUCGAAAAAGGGCUUGCAGAUCGGAACGAGGAAGAAGACAUCAUGAUAACAGACGACGAAGGCCCGGAUACAUUCUCGUUUUCACCACGCAGACAAUUGCGCAAGGAUUCUGUCUUCAGUGAUUACGGUAACGAAAUGGUUAUGAAUCUCUCACCGGAAACAUUACUUUCCCAUCUUCCGGGUUCUCAUCAGCAGCAACCAUCUUUAGAAGAUAACCAGGAUUUCAAGACGCAGGAGCUGAUCCGUCUUACGGGUGGGGACGGACAGUGCAAGAAAAAAGUCAAGGACUACUUCAAAUUGAACUUCUUCAGCGGCCCUAGAAGCCCCGACAUACUAACCGACCCAGAGAUUUUUGAGGAAGAACCUCAGCCGUUUUUGAGAAAGAAGUACUUUUGGAGUCGGAAACCCACAAUCCCAAUCUCAGGCCGGGACUCACUGUCUCUAAUUGAACCCGUGGUCAAUCCAUCAAAGCUACUAAACUCAAAUGACAUAGACACCCACCGCAACCUGGGAACCUCAUUGACCGACUUUAGUGGUUCGGAGACUACCCCAGGCUCCCCUGAGCCUAAUAUAGAUAUCGGAGUAGUCAAGAAAAAGAGGCUAGGAUUUCCGAAGACCCGUGGUAGAAAACCGUCUCCAAUUUUGGAUUCUUCCAAGCACUUCGCAUGCGAAUUUUGUGAUAGAAGAUUCAAGAGACAAGAACAUUUAAAGAGACACGUUCGUUCACUGCACAUGGGUGAAAAGCCCUUUGGCUGUCACCUCUGCGGUAAGAAAUUUAGCAGAAGUGACAAUCUCAAUCAACAUAUAAAGACACACCCGGAAGACGAGUUGUCAUAA